CCUUCUGACUCCAUGGCAACGUAGCUACCACCACAGAUAAUCUCGUUUGUUUGUGCAGGCGGCAGAAUCUGCUCUUUUUAUACAAUCAACGAUAAAACUGGAAAAUGUGACUUUACUUAAAAUAAACCAACGCUUUACGCUGUAUUGAUUACACAAGACGCAUUCAUGAAAAUACAGGACCCUUCAGAACGAUAAGAUGUUAGCACUGUUAGCUGCCCUGUAACGAAUUCCCAGAGAUGUGAGCCUUGUUACAGUUGAAGGUGUCUUCUUAGAAAGAGACAAUGCAGGUGUUGCCUAUUUGGGAGCUUUCCAUCCCUCUCCCAGCCGUGCUGAUGAUUACUCUGAGUCUCUACAUGAUCUUCCUGGGGAUCGGGCUGUGGAUCCGAUCCUGCCUCAAGGACCGUUGUUCUUCAGAGUGUUGUGACUGCUGUCCAAACAUUUCCGUAUGUGACCAGUGCUUCAGAUUUGCGGAAAUGUGUGACUGUCGCCUGCCAACCGUGCGCUCAUGUCGGGCCGUUUCGUGCCCUUCUCCUUCUUGUGCCAAAUGGGACUGUGCCUGCACCUGUCAGCCUCCGGAGUGUGACUCCUGCAACUGCCUCUGCUUCGAGAUCCGGAUCAAGUAGAAGACGAGGAUCGAGGUGCACCAAUGUCAACUGAGUGACCACAAGUACUUUAGUUUUUGAAUUCUUUGAAAAAUGUUUUUAAAGUAUAUGCCUUUUAUUAGAGAGUUUACAGUGGAGAAAUAACAGGAAAAAAAGGGAAAAGACUGUUGGGGAAGACUGUGAUUUAUGCUCAGCAUAUUCAUUUUCUGUAAAAUGAAUGGAGUUAAUGGAUGAAACAACCAGACAGUAAAUAUGUGAUAAAUUAAAUACCUGAUAAAUCAA